GGGUGAGCUGGCCGGCGAGAGGGGACAGCCGGGUUGCACAGGGGCGCGUGCCGUGAGUCCCGGAGAGAGCGUGUGCCCCACGCUCCGUCUUCCAGGCCGGCCCAGGACACGAAGCCGGAAGAGAGCUGCCGAGUGGAAGGGGGGCUGUGAGCAGGGAGGAAAUCCAACUCGCCCAGCCCGGGAGCAGGCUAGGUCUCCGCCGGAGCCUGCCUAAAGCCUGGGUGUGAGCUUGGCGUCACGUCAACGAGCAGAGGCGGCCAGGCGGGGCGGAGUGCGCGUGCGCGGCUCGCUCGCUCGCGGGGCGUGGGAGCGGGCUCCGGGCAACGGACACGCGCGCGCGCGCACCCGGGCAGCCUGGGCGGCCGUUCCAGCCUGUCACUGCUGCGGCGCUGCUCGCUGGUCGUUCCCCUGAAGACAGCGGAGGCGGUGGCGGCUCCAGACACCUGCGGCGGCGACCCCCCGGCGACGGCGCGGAGAUGUGGCCCUUGGUGGCGGCGCUGUUGCUGGGCUCCUGCUGCUGCGGUUCAGCUCAACUACUGUUUAGUCAAGUCAGAUCUGUAGAAUACACCAAGUGCAAUGAUACUGUCGUCAUCCCUUGCAAGGUCAUUAAUGUGGAGCCACAAAGCACCGAAGAAAUGUACGUGAAGUGGAGGUUAAACAAUACAUACAUUUUCAUCUAUGACGGGAGUAAAAACAACUCUACCGUAGAGACCAACUUCAGCAGUGCGAAAAUCUCAGUCUCAGACUUACUGAAAGGCGAUGCCUCUUUGAAAAUGAGUAGGACUCAGGCCAUCGUGGGCAACUACACGUGUGAAGUCACAGAACUAUCCAGAGAAGGCAAAACAACCAUAGAGCUGAAACACCGCGUGGACUCCAACUCUAGCCACGGAGCAGACUGUUCUAACCACACUACCCCGGCAGGGAACGAGAAGGAGAAAGGAGGUUGCACAUUAGCGUCAUGGUUUUCUCCAAAUGAAAAGAUCCUCAUUGUUAUUUUCCCAAUUUUGGCUAUACUCCUGUUCUGGGGAAAAUUAGGUAUUUUAACGCUUAAAUACAAAUCCACUCGAACGAAUAAGAGAAUCAUUCUGCUGCUUGUCGCCGGGACGGUGCUCACCAUCAUCGUCAUUGUUGGAGCCAUUCUUCUCAUACCAGGAGAAAACCCUGUAAAAAGCGCUUCUGGACUUGGCCUCAUUGUCAUCUCUAUAGGAAUAUUAAUACCGCUUCAGUACAAUGUGUUUAUGAUAGCGUUUGGAAUGGCCUCUUUCACCAUUGCCAUAUUGAUCACUCAAGUGCUGGGCUACGUCCUUGCUCUGGUUGGACUGUGUCUCUGCAUCAUGGCUUGUGAGCCAGUGCACGGCCCCCUUUUGAUUUCAGGUCUGGGUAUCAUAGCUCUAGCAGAACUACUUGGCCUAGUUUAUAUGAAAUUUGUUGAGUGGAGAGAGACACCUUCGGUCAGUUGAAGGGCAAGAAGAAAAGGUACAGGAUGGCCGCUUUCUAGAUACUGUGGUAGACUAGGACAAUGAAUGUUUUGCUUAUGUGUUCUGGCUGCAUAAAUCUGAACAUAUGUAGCAUUAAGGUUGCAAAUUUGAGCAUUUCUACCAGGAAGUGAAAGUUGUGUUUCCAAAAUAAUUUCUGCUCAUUGCAGACACCGUUGUAGAAAUGGGUGACUUUUGAUUUUAAUGCAGUAAAAUCCUUACUUUAAAAAAAAAAGCUCUCUUUCUAAAGGAGUUAAUAUCCCUGUGAGAAUGAUAACAUUUAUAUUUUUCAUUAUUUCUGAGUUUAAAUUUGUAACCUUAAUUGCGGUUUUAAGGGAUGUGAUUUUAACUUUUGCUUUCAAUGGCAAAUAUAAUUUUUGGAUUAUAUUAUAUUUUUUUCUUAUGAGAAGUAUUUUAAUUUUAUGAAGUCAAAAAAUUAUAAUACCUUAAUAGAGCACGUAAGAAAGACGAAAGGGAACUAACUUUACCCCUACAGCAGAGCCUGGUUUUGUGUAGGGCGCCUGAUGUCAUUAUUUUAUGGGGCACAAGAGUUGUUUUUAAAGCCAUUACCUUUUAGUGCAGUGUCAGAGCAGAUACAACCGUUCUGGUUCAAAUCCACUUGGUAGUGGUCAGAACCAGGCCUGACACAACACCUCGGGGUUCUGAAAUGAUACAGAAACACACAUAUAUUGUAUGUGUAUUUAUUCAGACAUAUUUUCUUGUCCAUUGUGUAUGAGCUAUAUACAAAUCGCUAAAAAAAUCAUUCCUGAGGAGUUGAAAGCCUGAAAAUAUAUUAAUGGCAUGUGGUCAGGUAUUUCAGAGUGAGCAACAUAGCAAGAAUUGUUGCAAGUAUGGAUUUUGAUUUAAAAAAAAAAAUGACUACCAUUGCCCAGGCUCAUGACACACGACAACAACUGACCAGUCAUCUCCAUCCUCCUUCACGUGGCUUAUGUCCCCACUGGAGAGAAUUAAGUCAGGAAAAAUUAACUCCCAUGCAGCUAGCUCUAUAAAGCCUGAGUACGUGACUGGCUAGUGUCCUUCAUAGCGUACGGUGGUCUUGUAGUUUUGUUUCAGAAUGAGCUGGGCAAGUCAGACUGGGCAGUGAGAACUUAGCAGCCAUGUUGUGCUGCUAAGAAUGGUUGAAGCACAGAAAAACUCUUCUUGGUAUUACUUAUGGUGAACAUGUUUAUGAGCUUGGCUGUAACUUUAAAAUAGUUUGCAGUAUUCUUGGGGAGAUGAAAAAAAAUCUCCUCUUCCCAAUUAGAAAAACGUGACAGGUCAAAACAUGAAUAACCCCAAAAUCCAAUUUGGUGAACCAGUGAGUUUAUCGGGGUUACUUUCAGGAGCAGGAAUGAAUGUCUCAAAACCAACCCUGCCCCCCAGCAUGGGUGACAAACAGCCCAUAAAAGCUGAAACCCUACUCAGCCCUCAGGCAGCAUAGUGGGUUGAGGAGUCCUAUGAGAGAGCUCAGUGGGUCUGAGCUUCUUCUUCCAGACGAUGCUUCCUCCAGCUCAGCUUCUCUGAGAGUGACUUGCUGCAAUUUUUACUGCUCAUAUAAGCAUGCAGAGGGAGGCAACUCAUGAAUCUGGCCAGUUUCAUGGACUUCCAGAAGCAAUUUUGAUUCUUUACUCCUCAGGAUGGUGGAGGUUUUCAUCUCAGAGAAAACUGCUAAGCAACAAACCUUCAUAUUACCAACCAGAAAUGUAGAUAGCACCUUUGCUUUAUAAAGCGUAAAUAUAGGGAUUGGUACUUGGCGUUGUAGAUUCAGUGUCUUGACGGCCCUUCACAACGUUCUAACUCAGCUUAGUUUGCUGGGGCGGCUGCUCCACUCUACCACUUAGAAACGAGGUUACCUUUUUGCUUGAAUGUGAGGAAUAAGCAUUCCCCGAGGACCGCCACAAUGAGGGUCUUUCAUUUAAAGCCACCCAUGGCUCUCACAGAGACACAGGGCUCAUGAGGGCAGGUGCAUAGAUGCUUUCAUGGAGUAGGCUAGAACGUGGCUUCGGUAUUGGCAGGACACAGCGCAGUUGCCCCACCCAUUGCUCUCAGCAGAUAGCAGUGGGGGCUGCUCCUUUGUCCUUUACGGUCACUGGCACCCUGCCCUGCAUUCUUCAUUGUUAGCAGCUAUCUUAUCUUCACCAUUAAAGGUCCCUGUUUUGUUUUUCAAAAUUUGAUUUAUGUUUCACUUUUAGUAGUCGGGCAUGUGCACUACACAAAACUUAGAACUCAGCAGUAAUUUAUUGUAUCCAUUGCUCGUGGUGAGUGAAUUCAGUUAGAGCAGCUUGGGAAGACUCUCCACUGAGAUAUUUAUAUGGUUACCAGAGUGAAACACUGUGUGUGUGUGUGUGUGUGUGUGUGUGUGUGUGUGUGUGUGUGGCUUCUCUUCCUUUUUCUAAAUAGUGAGCUUUAAUUCAGGUCCUUCUUAAAUCAACAAACAAAUUUCUUCUUGAGAAUUGACUGUUACUCCAAAAUCUUGCAGGUGCCAGUGACUUCUUUUUAAGAAAUGGAAGUUUUAAUUGAUUUCAUUCUCAAAGAUGUUUACUUACUGGUAGGAAAGAUUCAUUGCUAUUUAGUCAUCCUCAGGUCCGAAUAUUUUAGCAUUAUCAUCUUAGCAGUACACACCAGCAAAAGCCGAGGAGUUAUCUUUAGGAUGCAGCCCGUUCCUCUCUGUCUUUGAGUAGUACUCUGUUAUUUUAUAUGAGUACUAUAUUCACAUCAUUCCUGCCCUACCUCUCCUCCCUCCAGCUCUUCUGGUGCCCCUCCUCAAAUUCAUAGCCUUCUAGUCUUUAAUUAUUGUUGUUACACACACACACACACAUUCAUGUAAAUGUAAAUUUAUAAGCACAACCUACUGAAUUCAUUAAGUGUUGCUCAUACGUCUAUGUGUUUAUGACUGACUCUUUGGGAUUCAGUCAUCUACCACAAGCCUUAUCCCCAGAGAAGAUUGAUCUGCCUUCUCUCAUCAGUCAUGGGAUCCCUUGCUGCUCUUAAUUUAGGGGCAGAGCCUUGUGAGAUUUUCCUCUUCUAUGUUGUCAUGUCAACUGAUAGCUGUCAUUCUGCAGGUCCUGUGUAGGCAACCAUAUUGUUGAGAUUUCAUGGGUGCUACUACCCUAUCAUAUAAAAGACACUCUAAUGGUCAUUAUACAAAAGGUUGCAGCAAACAUCCUAGUCACCUGGCUUUCACAGUCUUUCUGCCCCCUCCUCUUCAAUGUUUGCUGAACUGUAUACUAAGCUGUAGGCAUAGGGUUUUUGAGCACCCAAUGCUCUCUGCUAAGAUGUAGGUAUAGGGAUUAUGAUGUAGGUAUAGAGAGUAAGCUAAAUUGUUCUCUGCUUAACUGUAGGCAUAAGGAUUAUGUUGUAGAUGAAGUAGUUGAGGUUGAGCAGCCAGUGGUUAGUUGUUCUCUGCAUAUUGACCAGAUAUUUCUGUAAUCACCUCAAUUUGCUUCAGAACAAAGGUUUUUUAGUGAGGGGGUGGGAGCCCCAUUUAUCUUUGAGUACAAGGAUGAUCAUUUAGAACACUAUUUUGCUUUAGGGGAAGUGGCAAUAGUCGGUUCACUUCUGGGUCCUCUAUCUCCCAAGCCACAAGUCGUUUAUUAGGUUUAACAAUGUAAAGUAUGAAUUCCCCCCUAUUGAGCAGGCCUGAAGGUCAAUGUAAUAGCUACUGGUUAUCCCCAGUAUAUAAGUACCAGUAUCACACCUGCGAGUAUAUCUCACUGUUAUGGUCAUUGUUGUGGUUCAUAAGAAAGAGGCUUCUAGGUUGGUCAAGCUUGGUUCCUCCAAGUCCUCUAUCCAAAGUGUGUCUGUCUUUAGCUAUAACAUCUUAACUUCAUUUUUGAGGACGUAACCUCAACAGCCUAUAAUGUUGUGGGAGUCCUUGAACUCCCCUGAUGAGCAACUUGGAACGAUGUUUCCCAUGCCUGGUAGUGGUGUUUUGAAUACAUAGUAUGGCUUUAGGGGGACAUUAUUACCCCAACUGGCAUGGCUUCAUUUAAACUCUAUGUGUGCAUACACACACAUAAUUGUAAUAAACAUAAAAUAAUAAUUCCCUAUGACUUUUCCAAAAAUCUUUAUGGUUAUUGAUCACUAUAUAUUCUUUGAAGUUUUCAUAUAUGUAUUCAAUGUAUGUUGAUCAUAUAAGCCCCCAACUAUCUCCCUCCUACUAUCCCUGGGGCCUAUCAACCUAUUUUCUUCCUGUCUCAUGUCUUUCUUUUUAAAUCAUUUUAAAAUUUAGUAGUAGUAGUAGUAGUAGUAGUAGUAGUAGUAGUAGUAGUAGUCGUCUCCCAAGUCCAGUUGGUGCUGACUAUAUGCAUGGGCAAUAUUUUUGCCAAUAAUAAUAAUGAUGAUAAUGAUAGUCUCCUGAGUCCAAUUAGUGGAGCCAUGUCCCCAGAGAAAACUGGUUUCCCUGUCCCUCAGUGACCAUACUUUCCAGUAACUCUUCAUCUAGGAGUGGAGGUCCUAUGAGCCCCUGCCCAACCAUGCUGGAAUUCUGGUUGGCCUGAGCUUUGCACAGUUCUUGUGUAAGCAACUGCCUGUGCUGUGAGUCGGUGUGUCUGUCAGUGACGUCAUGUCCAGAAGGCAGCAUCUCACAGUUCUCCUCCCCAUCCUCCAGCUCUUAAAUUCUUCCAAGUCUCUCUUCCAGUCUGUCCAGUGAGCAGAGAGGCUGAUGUAGGGAUCCGUCUGUGGCUGGACAUUCACAGUCCUGAUUCCCAGUGCUCUGACUAGUUAUGAGUCUGUGCGAACCAAACAAGUGCAGAAAGAACCUUCUCUGACCAAGGUUCAGAGUGGCACAAAUCUGCCUUCCACACGUACUCUCUGUUAUACAUACUUUUUCUAUUGUUUUUGAAUAUAUGUGCACACUAGAGUGCUAUCUCAGUCUCUUUUACAUUUUAUUAAUAAAUGUGUCCUUUGACAUUUUCAUACACACGCACACACACACACACACACGCACGCACGCACGCACGUAUGCACACACAUUCUCAUUCUUAUCACCCGCCCCCGUUAGGCCACUCAACCCCCUGAAAGUCUCUUUGCCAUAUUCAUGAGUUACUGUUUUGUUGGAAGACCCAGUGAGUUUAACCAGGGCCCUCUGUCUGACCAUGAUUUUGGAACUCUCUGUUGGAGCCUGGUGGGUUCAUGUGUAUUUACUAAACUGAGGAAGUAAUUCUCCAGUUCUCAGAAUCUAAUAUUGGUCAUUGGUUUGAUGGUGGAAACUUAGACCCCUUGGGUCCCUCCGCCACCCAUGCCUGGCUUCAGACAGGCUCAUUCGUGUUUAAGUACAUUGCAGGCAAGUGUAGUUGUAUUGAGUUCCAGAUCAAAAUGUGUAUAUCAUGUCCAGAAGACAGCAUUCUGUAGCCCUGCCUCCUGUCUUCCAGCUCCUAUAUUCUGUCUGCCUCUCUUCCCAGGGUCCCCUGAUCCUCAGUGGAGGGUGUGUAAAUGCCUUUUAUAGCCGAACACUUACUUAUCUCUGUGACUGAGUUCAGUUUAUAUAAUUUAAGGAUGAUUAUGUUUUGCUCCUAUUCCCUGCUUAACUGUGUGAUGCUUUCCAUAGCUACUCUCUUCCUGUAGGUCCUUUUCCUACCCGUAGCUCUGUAUUCCAAGCUCUUCCUUGUUUACUUGUUUAUUUUUACCUCUCCUUCCCAUCACCAAUUUCUAGUUAGUCUUAUUUAUCCUUCUCUAAUUCUAGUGGUAAUGUGAUAUUUAGUGGCCUGUCAGCUACAGUUUCUCUGUUUGAGAAAGCCUGGUCCCAGUCAGCUUUAGGAGCUUACUGAAUUUGCAUGGGCAGGGUGGGGGGAUCUCAGCUGUCCUGAGCCCGCCUUUGUUUGCUAGCCAGUAGGGUUUCAGUAGAACCUGUUUUCCAGCAGGCCACAUGACUUGGAAAUGAUUCUGCUUCACCCCCAUCUUAAAAGUAUAUUUUUCAUUCUGUUGUUGUUCUUGAAUGUUUGUACUGUAAAAAUUAUCUUGAGAAGUUUGGAUUUCUUGAGCUGACAUAGAGGGGUAUGGUAGGAAAUUAUGGCUAGUAAAAGAAUAUUGAGUCGUCGAAAGACUGAUGCUGGUCAUGUUCUCCUGUCUUGGGGACACAGGAGUGUGUGACAGGAUAGCUGUAGUUGUUCUAGGGUUUCCUUGCCUGAUUUUAUAAGGAAGUUUUCUUUCCCACCAAUCCAGAGUUGUUCUUUUCCCUCUUGUCUUGCCCCCCUAGUCUUGGACCUUCUUUAGCUAAUCUGGUCAGAAGCAGCCAAGGGAGCAACUCAGAAUGCCGAGGAGGAAUACACAGAAGAGGACCUGGUUGGUCUGACACUAACUGUCUGGGAUAGCUCUAAGCUUGGCAGGAUCAUCAUGGUUUCUUUUGUCGUUUGUUAGCUUUCUAGAGCUUUGAAGACUGGAAAGGAGAGAAAGGAAGAGAAGGCCCCUAGACUAGGAACAAGAACAGUGUGCUAUGGGAGAUAGUCUCCCGGGGAAGUUACUCGUUGUCAUGUUCUGUCCAUCCCGGCUGAGUAAUAGGCAGAGAUGGGACCCUGGUAGGAGAGAGUAGUUGACAGGAUCUUUCACCAUGAUGUGUAGUGGGUAACUGACAAGAGAGAGAUCAUGCACAUGAGCGAGUCUGUGUUUAUUAGUUGCUGUAGGCUCUUAUUUGCUUCCCUUUCUCCUGUUAAUGUGUAUAAUCAAGAGUCCUCUAGUUUUCGAUCAGACCACCAAAGCUAGGACUCCUUCACUGGAGCAUCUAGCACCUUCUAGUUUUAGCCCUGGACUUGUUAUCUUAAAAUUAAGUAUUGCAUUACUUCAUUUAUUUUAUUUAUUGAAUUAAUAUUUUUAUUUAUACCAGCUUCCAACCAGAGGACUAUACAGCCUCCUAGG